AUGGAAGUUGCUCGUACAAGAAAAGGUAUUUUGAUUUCUCAAAGAAAGUAUACGAUUGAUCUCUUGAAGGAAACUGGAAUGCUUGGUGGAAGACCAUCUGAGACUCCUGUGGAGGUGAAUGGAAAAGGAAAGAAGGAGUUAGGAAAUCCAGUAGAUAGGGGGAGAUAUCAAAGGUUAGUAGGGAGACUAAUCUAUCUAUCUCAUACCAGGCCCGACAUAGCUUUCGCAGUAAGUGUUGUAAGUCAGUAUAUGCAUUCUCCCUAUGAAGAACACCUAGUUGCCGUGUAUCGGAUUCUGAGAUACCUCAAGAUGACACCGGGAAAAGGUCUGUUUUUUGGGAAAACUAAUCAAAGGCAGAUUGAAGCUUUUACAGAUGCUGAUUGGGCAGGCUCAGUUGAAGACAGGCGGUCAACUUCUGGCUAUUGUACUAUGGCCUGGGGAAAUCUUGUUACUUGGAGGAGUAAGAAGCAGAGUGUAGUUGCUCGCAGUAGUGCAGAAGCCGAGUUCAGAGCACUAGCACAUGGAAUUUGCGACAAAAUUGAUUAG